AUGCGGGAGCGCUGCGAUAUGGUCACCUACUGGCUGCCGCAGCUGGAGUCAUCCGCCUUCAACGUCAUCUACUUCGUGAACGUAGAGCGGUACGAGAAGGCGGCACGUCUGACCAUUGAGCCUGCUCCGGACGUCACGAUCCGCAUCUUCAUGGCCUUCAGGGGCAUCGACGCGUACGACAAGGAGCUGGACACCGCCAAGAUGGAAGACCUACGAGCGCCUGGCAGAAAGGGAUUCGUGGCCGUCGAGUGGGGAGGCAUGAAUCUCAACCGGGUCUCGCAUGACUAG